AAACAUGUUAAAGUAUGUAAGACCGCAGCUAAACAAGCACAGAAGCGGAAAGUGUUUGAUGGAAAAAAGAUGAGACUAGAAGGUACAGAAGCUAAUCAACAUUUUAGUGAGGCUGCGAGAAAACCAGAACCGAAGAUGAAGAAGAAUAACUGGAAGCAGAAACAUGAGGAGUUUGUCAAUACCAUCCGUUAUGCCAAGAAGGUCACUGAGGUUGAAGCCAAGGGAGGUGAUAUUCGCAGUGUUGGCCCUGCUCCUGUGACCACUAAUGAUGAUUAUGAACAAUGUCCCCACUGUUCCCGCAGGUUCAAUCCUACUGCGGC